AUGGAGGUAGCUCAGCACUUCAUCGAGGCAGAGAACCUCACCGACAUCAAAACCGCCGGCGAAGGCCUUGAAUGUCUCGUUUAUAAAGCAAAAUCGCCAGUGUAUGGUCCAGUCGUUCUCAGAGUACCCAGAGUCAAAGUCUACCAAAACGCCAAUGACCCGAAUACCGAUGCAAGUGAUCUCAUCCAGCAAGAGAUGAAGAUCUACAAGCUUCUAGAAACCUCAUCCGUACCGGUUCCAAAAGCAUACAAGUACCUUGAAGAAGAUGGUUACCCAGCGAUGCUGUGCGAGUACGUGGACGAUGACGGAACAGACAUCACGUUUGAGGAGAUGGGACGUGUAGCGGCGAUGAUACACUCGACUCCGUUAUCUGACCCAGCGAUGAAGACAGUUGCGUUGGAGACAGAAGAUGUGUUCUCGACAAUUGAGAAAAGACUCAAACGACGCUUCUUGGUGCUGUCACAAACAGUCGCCGAGGCUUCCAGCUGGAUAACGAACUGGGAACUUAUCCACAACAUCCUUGAAGGUCUCAGACGCUUCCCUUCAAGUCUACUGCACAUGGACUUUCGCGACGUCAAUCUUCGUCACAAAUAUGGACGAAUAAGCGCUGUGAUCGACUGGACCAACGCUCUGAUCGGCCCAGCAGCUAUUGACCUCUUUCGCACCCUGGAGUUUAGCCAACUUGACGAGAGCUUCGUCAAAGGUUACAAUAGCGUCACUACCUGGUCUGAUGUUACAGCCCAGGAAGAGUGUUUGCUAAGACUUGAUGCUGCGCUUGUGCUGGCGCUGGUAUUCACAUCGGAGGCGCCUGAUGCUGAGAGGGCGGAGGCUGCGGUGGCGAGGGUGAAGGAACUCUCAAAGAGCCUCGUGGAAGCUUCGUCGCACGAGUGA